AUGUCCGCAGACACUACCGCCAAACGAGUGGUCUACGAGCCCGGUUACUCACAUCUAGAGACGGUGAUGCUGAUCCCUCCCAUUGCGACCUGUAUCUUCAGCUAUCUGAACACCCCGGACUACCUCUGCGUGCGAAACACCACAAAGACUCUGCGCGUGCUCACCGACAACAACCGACGCUUUUUCCGCAAUCUGGUGUUCUUGCGCAGAGGCGUGGAGCGAUGGCUGGAUCUGCUGGAGAGUCCGGCAGUCGACAACAUCCUGACCCCAGAGUACUUGCAGUUUCUCCUGCAUAAGACAACCAAGGACAUCAUCGACAGAGACGUGAAACGGCGGUAUGGUGCGACGCAACUCAAUCUGCUGACUUUAAAGAGGGCCAUCGGAGUGAUGAGCUCUAGAGGUCUCGAUGCCUCGACGCUCAGCUUUUGGCGCAGGAAAGCCCAGGAUACCCAGAAGGAAUUGUCCGAGAUUGUGCUGCACACACCGAGAGUUCGAACCAUUCCCGUUUCUGAGUUUUAUCACCCGCGGUUCAUGGGACGGCAUUUGGCUCAAGUGCUCAAUAACUUGCCGAUCGGAAACCACAUCACUUCCGUCGUCCUCGACGGCACAAGUGUCGAUACCGAAUGGAUCCAGCUGAUCAUGGGACGCUUCGCUUCCACCCUGCCCAGGUCUUUCCAGACUGGAUCCUGGAGUGCAAGUACCGGCAUCAGCCUCUUGCUCUUCGUUGGCUUCGAGUAUUUCCCCCAGCCAACAUACAUCCCUGAUUUGAUGGUGGUUAAUGGAUUUCUAGUGUUGAUGCCGAUGUACAACUAUGGCCAGAAUAAAAACAUAUGGCUACGGACCAUGGAGGAAAGAAUGAGACAGUGUUUUGAGAAGUUCGACGAGUUGCACGAAGAAAAUCCGGAGCCUUUCGUGCAUUGGGAUGCCCUACUGCAGCCGCUAGGGGAGAUCAAUCCCGUGAUUGCUCUGUUAGUAAUCUCCAAAUAUUUCGAUAUAAAGGUCGAUAUCGCCCUUUGCGCUUCUCAACAUUUUUGCUGGUCCUUUGUCCUCGCCGCAAAUUCCGAGAUCAUUGGACCACACCAACAACUCAACCAUUUCACGAUGGGCGGCCGAACAUAUUCAAAUGUGGAGAUCGACGGUCGAUUCGCUCGUCACACACAUUGCUUGGCCGAAGUUGGGGCAAGAAAGAACGAGGGUGGGCAAUGCUGCUACACCUGUGGACUGUGGGAAGGUUCACCUGCGCCAGUCGAAUACUGCGGUGACAACAAGGAUAUGUUCGUCGAAGUGGGUGGCGUCACGAACGGAGCCGCAAUCGGCGUGGGGAGGUUUUCCAUGGGAUCUCUAUGCGCCGCUUGCGUAAUAUUCAUGACCUGCGCCGAGUGCGACAAGUUCAUCUGCCAAAGCUGCUUUUUUAAAAGUCCGACUGGCCCACAGAAUCCUCUCAUGGUCUCCGAUGUUGCGGGACUGCGGCUUCUCAAGGUCGUUUGCGCGCAGCCCGGCCAUGGCGCCGAAUGCGUCGAUUGCAUCGCCACCCGGGCGGACCUCUACUUCGAGUGCGAAAAGUGUGGAAGGGGGUAUUGUCUCCGUUGCCAGAAUCCCACCGGCCGCCAGGUUUCCACGGAUCUUUACGGCGGUUCCAUGCGUGUAUACCAGAACGACCUGAUAUCCGAAGUACCGGGAGUGAAACUUCGGGGUGGAAGACCAACCCCCUUCGCGGAAAACCCUCUGUGCCGUCUGGCAGCCUUCAAGCCGGCAAAGCCACAGGUGCCAACCGCACGACCGCCCGUCACCUUCACGGAGCACAAUCUGUUCGAAAUCUGCAUCGGCUGUGAAAAGGCUCUCUGUCGGAAAUGUGUACCGUCGCACGCAUGGGAGAAAGGACUGGAGAAGCGACCUAACGCAUCGAAGUAUCGACAGUGCUUAGAGAGCGCCUGCGGAAAGUUCUACUGCGAGAAUUGCGUGAACGCAUGUGCCAACGUGUGCACGAAGUGCAAGACGUGGGUAUGCUGUCGGAUGUGCGAUCUCAUGAACAAUACCAUCACGGGGGUUCCCGAUGCGCUACAGGGAAGAUGGUGUGGACAGCCGGACUGCAUGGAUCGAUCCGGGGUUGGGAAACUCGGGGACUUGGAGGGGCCGUGGGAGGACGGGUGGGUUCCGAGGCAUGUCCUCCCACGCCCGACCAACCAACAUGAGGCCGCCUUGAGUCGUCAGGAAGCGCAGAGGUUAGAGAUCGCGCGAUUGCUGGCUUCGCGAAUGCAAAGACCAACAGCUGCAGGACUUCCUGUUGGACAGAACCAGCAGGGAGGAAAUCAGCCACGACACGGCUCUCAACAGCAGCAACAGCAGCAACCGCUGCCAGGAUUUCCGCCCACUCCUGAGAAUCUCAACCAGCCGGCGAUAGCACCUCUGCCUCGGCCUCCGCCCGCGACCACCUCGAGGCCAGCCGGUAUUCCCGCCGGGACCACUGCUAAUCCGCCCACUCAGCAACAACCUGGUGCCAACACUAGCCACAACGACGAGGAUAGGGGCAAAGCCGAGAGUAUGGAUGAGGAUGGAGACGAGUAGGAUGAUGCGGAUGAGUACAAAAAGAAGUGGAGGUAGAUCGGGAUCCGCAAUCCAAGUGCGGGGUACGGGCUGUUCUGGUGUUGUAGGUACUCAUAGUAUCCCAUAGGUAGGU